ACACAUCGGCUACAACCCCAUCCAUACGCACCCGCACAGCCUUGCAGGAAUUAUGCAUCCGUGGUGCGCACCCCCCCGUUUCUUAGUAUUUCUUCACGCCCUGACUUAUCAAUCUCUCUGCACGUAUUGAUCACCUCCGCCGCACAGGCCCGAGCUGUGUUUCAUUUUUCCUCAUUCUGAUAUGCAAAUCCAAAUUCUCCGUAGCGGUGCUGGCAGGAGCUGAGAGAGAAAGAGGGGGAGCGAUGAGAAGACGCGCAUCAUCAGAUGUUUAGCAAAUUCACCUUUGGAUCCUCGCCAUCGUCUUUUUGCUGUGCGCUUUUUUUUGGUCGUUUUUUCCCCCUUCCAUCGUCCGGGGUUUGUGACAGUUUGAGCCUCUCGAUGUUAUAAUCCGGGGGAAUAUGUGAAGAUCAUGCUGGCGGUGUGGUGCUUCAUGGUCUUUGCUGCAGUGGGCGAUAGGCUUGCAGUCUCAGGUGUGGACAGGAGCCCGGUGCAGGAUGGCAGCAUGUGGGACUGGUUCAGCCCGGCGGGGCGGCCGGACAGCAGGGACACUGCGACCGAGGUCACCUAUCCAAAGCGGCUGGUGCAGCAGAUCGAGUCGGAGGAAGAAAUGGCUCAUGAGCACUUGGGCACCAGGGUGAAGAACAGCACCGGGGACUCAUCGCCGGUCCACUUGGCCCACAGCUUUUUCCAAGUCAAAGCCUUUGGACACACCUUCACUCUGGACCUGGAGCUCAACCACCACCUCUUGUCCUCAGAGUACGUGGAACGGCACUUUAACCAAGACGGCAAACCCUCGCAGUCCGUGGGAGGGGAGCACUGCUACUACCAGGGGAGGUUAAGAGGUUUACCAGAGUCCUGGGCGGCUCUCUCCACCUGCCACGGCCUAUGUGGCAUGUUCUCAGACGGCUUCUUCUCCUAUGGGAUCGAGCCUAUUUUCAAUGGGAGUAAUCAGGAUGAUGGUGCUCACUUAAUCCACAGGAUGCCUGAUGUCAGACUAUCUUCUAGCUGCCCAGAGUGUACCGAGGACAGUGAGUGGGACACUUACAGAGGAGGCGAUGGCGAUGACGACAGACCAGACCAAACGAGGGAGCAACGGACAUCUGGGGGGCUGAGACGAUCUAAGAGGCUCGUCCGCAGGCCCUCUGUCCAGACUGAGACCAAAUAUAUUGAGCUGAUGGUCGUCAAUGACUACGAAAUGUUUGUGCAGCUGCGACGCUCUAGCAGCCAGACCAAGAACUUUGCCAAAGCGGUCGUCAACAUGGCAGAUGCGAUCUACAAGGAACAGCUGAACACAAGGAUCGUGCUGAUCGCCAUGGAGACGUGGACCACCGAAAACAUGAUGCCAGUGGUGGUGGACCCUUUGACGACGCUGCAGAACUUCAUGAAGUACAGGAAGGACAGCAUCAAGGAGCAGAGCGAUGUGGUCCACCUGUUCUCAGGGCGCACGUUCCAGAGUAGCCGCAGCGGGACGGCCUACACGGGAGGGGUUUGCUCUCCAACCAGGGGAGGGGGCAUCAACGAGUACGGGAACGCAGGCUCGAUGGCCGUCACUUUGUGCCAGAGCCUCGGCCAGAACAUCGGCAUGAGGUGGAACAACGCACGCAACUCGGCAGGAGACUGCAGGUGCCCAGAUGCCUGGUUGGGCUGCAUCAUGGAGGACACUGGAUAUUAUCUGCCCAGAAAGUUUUCUCGCUGCAGUGUUGAUGAGUACGUCCAGUUCUUACUGCAGGGAGGCGGAAGCUGCCUCUUCAACAAGCCCAACAAGCUGUUGGACCCUCCAGAGUGUGGGAAUGGCUUCGUGGAGCCAGGAGAGGAGUGCGAUUGUGGAUCACAGGUGGAGUGCGUCCGUAGUGGAGGCGCCUGCUGUAAGAAGUGCACACUUACCCAUGAUGCCAUGUGCAGUAAUGGGCUCUGCUGCAGUGGCUGCAAGUACGAGCAGAGAGGCGUGGUGUGUCGAGAGGCCGUGAACGACUGCGACAUCCCGGAGACCUGCACUGGAGACUCGAGCCAGUGCCCACACAAUGUCCACAAGCUGGAUGGAUACUUGUGUGAUAGCAGUCAGGGGCGCUGUUACGGAGGGCGAUGCAGGACUCGUGAUGGACAGUGCAGGGGGCUCUGGGGUUACAAUUCUGCAGAUCGGUUCUGUUAUGAGAAGCUCAACGCUGAGGGAACGGAGAAAGGCAACUGUGGACCGGGUCCCAAUGGCCAGGGCUGGCUGCAGUGCAACAAACCAGAUGUCUUGUGUGGCUUCCUGUUCUGUGCCAAUAUGACGGUGAAGCCGAAGUUUGGAGACUUGCAGGGCGAAGUGACCAGCCUGACCAUCUACCACCAAAACAAAUACCUGGACUGCCGAGGCGGCCAUGCGCUGCUGGAGGACGGCUCAGACCUGGGCUAUGUGGAGGACGGCACCCCUUGCGGUCCCAACAUGAUGUGUCUGGAGCGACGCUGCCUCCCUGUGGCGGCCUUCAACCUCAGCACCUGUCCCGGCUCCAACUUCGGACGAACCUGCUCCGACCACGGGACCUGCAGUAAUGAGGUGAAGUGUAUCUGUCACAGGGACUACACGGGGAAGGACUGCAGCGUUUUCGACCCCAUCCCCGAGCCUACGGUCCCGACGGGUCCGGAGAAGAAAGGAACAUUCGAAGAGGAAGAUCUGGCGGAGGAUAAGAUGUCUGUGUCUUUCUAUCUUCGUGUCUUGUCUACUCCUGUCUUCCUCCUUGCACUGUGUCGUUUCCACAUCGGAGAAGAGGGAAAAAAGUCUUCCACUCCUGUCCUAGAUCUCUCCAAACCUCUUCCGAUAUCGUCUCCUCCACUCUCCUGUCUGCUCUUCGUCUGUCUUUCUGCCCGGCUCCGCCCUCCUCUGGGCCCGUGGAGCUCCUCUCACCAUACCAGCCAAAUCAUAUUCCUGUGGUUGCUGCCAGCAGGCCACUGAGGAUCGUGUCCGGGCCACACCUAGAGGAGCAGGUGGCUCUCCCUGUGGGAGACACCAGGGUCCUCCUCCAGUUCGGCGGCUCUCAGAAUGUGCUUUGGUGUCUGUGUACCUCUUUCCUCGUGUCUCAGACAGUCUGAUGAAGAACAUAUCAACGGUGGACCAAUUCAACAUGACACGUCUUUCCAAUGCCUGCUUGCCUGCCUGUAUUCAAACUAUCUGGCCACCGAUUGAGUCCACAGUCAAAAGGUGGACUAGCACAGACUGGCCAUCUAAUAGACUAGUGAAAUGCUGAAAUACUGUAAUAGGAACUGAAUAAUUUUCCUUUUGUCUCAAAAGGAAGGACCAGAGGCAGAGUCCUCCAAGGCCAGGCCUUGACUAGGUGCAUCUAAAAAUGGACAAUGAUUUGCCAAUACAUUUUUAAUAUACAGCGUCAUGGAAACAUGGAUAAACAGAGAGUGUCUGCACUGGACGGUUGGUGGCAAGUUUUGCACGAGGGACUGAGGAAGUACUAACGAUCAUAUAUGAAUAUGACUCGGAGGGAAAAAAUAGAAAGCGUAAAGCAUUGUUUAGAACCCAGACUGGUGACUGAGUUUAUGUUUCUUGUCAAUUGUUAUUUUAACUUGAGGCACUCGACCUGCCCUCCCACAAGUUUUCAGGUACAAAAGGGAAGUUAGGCGUUAUGGUUUUGGGAUCAUUUUGAAUCACUGAACUUUGAAGCAGCAGAGACCGUAACUUAGUGUUUUCAACCACAGAUCUAUUGACAUACAUUCCAUCUCUAGUGUUGACAAAAAAAAAAAAAAAAA